UCUUCAACGGUCCUUUUUACGUCAAACGGCUAUUCUCUCUCUCUCUCUCUCUCUAAAAUUGUGAAUCGAAAUUUUGAACCCUCCAAUUUCGCAUUUUCCAUUGCUCAGUUUCCAGGCGGAGAAAGAUAUUGUUUUCUAGGGAAAAUCUUACUUCUAUUUUGCAGCGAUAGAGAAGUAAAGUUCUCAGGAGAAAGGCCAUUGUUAAUUCUGUCCAGGAACAAGUGCUUCAAAAUGUCUAAUGUUCAAAAUGAUCCGCUUCUGCAAGUUGAAACGACAUGUGGAUCACUUCUAUAUGAACUUCAGAUAAUUUGGGAUGAAGUUGGGGAGACUGAUACAGACAGGGACAAAAUGCUCCUGGAGCUUGAACAAGAGUGCUUGGAAGUAUACAGAAGAAAGGUUGACCAGGCAAAUCGCUGUAGAGCUCAGCUAAGACAAACAAUCGCUGACUCUGAAGCCGAACUAGCUGCCAUAUGUUCCGCAAUGGGAGAACGGCCAGUGCAUAUUAGGCAGUCUGACCAAAACGCGGGUAGCUUGAAAGAAGAACUUAGGAGAAUUCUUCCCCAACUGGAAGAGAUGCGGAAAAGGAAAUCUGACAGAAGAAAUCAGUUUGUAGAAGUUCUAGAGCAAAUACAGCAGAUCACAAAUGAAAUUUAUGGAUCUACAAUCUAUGUCUCUCCACUAGCAGUUGCAGAUGAAACUGAUUUGUCCUUAAGGAAGCUUGAGGAAUUACAUAGACAGCUCCAUGAACUUCAGAAAGAGAAGAGUGAUCGGCUGAAGCAGAUUCAGGAUCACCUGAAUACUUUGAACUCCCUUUGUUCAGUGCUUGGGUUGGAUUUUAAGAAUACUGUUAGCCAGGCCAGUCCUAGUUUAGGUGAAUCUGAAGGACCAAGGAGUAUAAGCAACGAUACAAUUGAACAGAUGGCUGCCACAAUUCAGAAACUUCGAGAAAUUAAGAUACAAAGAAUGCAGAAGCUCCAAGAUCUUGCAAGUACAAUGUUGGAGCUCUGGAAUUUGAUGGAUACACCAAUAGAAGAGCAGCAGGAGUUUCGAAACGUUACAUGUAAUAUUGCUGCUUCAGAGGAUGAAAUAACCGAGUCCAACAGCCUCUCUAUGGAUUUCCUGAAAUAUGUUGAGGCAGAGGUGUCUCGGCUGGAUGAGCUGAAGUCUAGCAAAAUGAAAGAGCUUGUUCUGAAGAAGAGGUCAGAGCUUGAGGAAAUCUGUAGAAAGACACAUAUGGUUCCAGAACCUGAUAAUGCAAUGGAAUAUGUCAUUGAAGCCAUGGAAUCUGGAGAAGUAGAUCCGGCAAGUGUACUUGAGCAAAUUGAGCUUCAAAUUGCUAAGGUCAAAGAGGAAGCUCUAAGCAGGAAAGAGAUACUUGAAAAGGUUGAAAAAUGGUUGGGUGCAUGUGAAGAAGAAAGCUGGCUUGAGGAGUACAACAGGGAUGAAAACAGAUACAAUGCUGGAAAAGGUGCCCAUCUCACUCUCAAGCGUGCUGAAAAAGCUCGCUCUCUGGUUAAUAAGCUACCAGGAAUGGUUGAUGCAUUGGCUUCAAAGACGAUAUCAUGGGAAAAGGAGACAGGAAUUGAAUUCUUCUAUGAUGGUAUUCGUUUACUUUCAAUGCUAGAAGAGUACACCAUAUUACGCCAGGAGAAAGAGCAAGAACGCCGUAGACAGCGGGACCAGAAGAAACUUCAGGGACAGCUUAUAGCAGAACAAGAGGCACUCUAUGGAUCAAAACCAAGCCCAUCAAAGCCCCAAUGUGGAAAAAAGGGUCCUAGGGUUUCAACUGGAGGAGCAAGCAACAGAAGAGUAUCCUUAGGAGGAAAUACGAUUCAGACUCCUAAACCUGAUUCGUUUAACCCUGGAAAAGCUACUCCACGUCCUAGUAAGAAAACUGAUCAGCUGCUUCAAAACGAUACUUCAAGUCACAGGCAGGAUGAUAGCUUUGCAGCUUUUUCAACUGGUAGAAGAGGCUUGGACAUUGCUAGUCUUCCUGUGAAAAAGCAGUCUUUUGGUGCAUCAAAUGUCUGUGAACUAGAGUCACCAAUGAUUCGAAAACCUUUCUCAUCCAUCUCUACUGUAAUAUCAUCAAAAGCUAAUAUGGCAGAUUCAAACACAACGCAAAGCGAUAUGUUACAGAAAGGAGUACCAGUUAGUGAGUUGGGAUUUGCUACUCCUGUGAAGACUACCACCACAACUCUUGCAGAUGAAGAGAACAGAACGCCCAAGACAAUGCCAAUUUCUAUGCCUGCUACACCUGCAACUGUCUCAGUAGCAAUGCAGAUGGCUAUAACUCCAGCUCCACCACCUCCUCCACCAAUUCCUUAUGGUCCCAGUCCUGUUGAAGAUCCCGAAGAGAUUGAAUAUUCUUUCGAGGAAAGAAGGCUCGGUUUUGUGCUUCCAGGGACACAUGUUAAGCCGAUACUACAAGUUUAAUUUUUGAACUUUAAUCAAAUUGUUGUUAUAGCAAGUUUAUCAAUAUUUCUUUUUGUCUGUUUUGGAGAGAAUUUAUGUAGAUAAGUCAAUUGUAAUUGGCUUCUCUUCUGAUUUGUGUACUUAGUCUACGAGCAAUGAACGUGGACUAGGAUGCUGAAAUUGCUAUGAUGAUUGAAGUGAACAAACUUUGAAGGAGGCUUUGAAUAGAACUUCAUUGUUUCGCAGCUUGAA